CACGCCCAAAGACAUUUCAUUUGUCGCCAGCCGGCUCGCAAGGAGCACCUCAAAUUGGUCGCAGGGGUGGGUUUAAGAAAAAAAAACAAAAUCUGCAUUUUCAGAGCCCAACGAAAGUCAAGCCAUAAAAAGAAACUGGGAGCAUGAGGAGGUCCUCUGAGCCACGGGUCCGGCGGCUCGCGCCCGGGGCCGCCUGUCAGCCUGCGCGCGCACACACACCCGGUGAACACAUACUGCCUGGGUAGCUGGGGCCGUCGCAGACUUCCUCCGUCAUCCUCCUCUUCCCUCCAAGAAAGAGUGUGAGAGCCCCGGCGAGGGAAACGUGGGAAAGAGGAAGAAGAUGUACCAAGAGCUGCUCCUCUCCUCCGCCCUCCUCUUCCUCCAUGUGAUGGGCACUCCCCAGUUCUUCGGGCAUCAUGGAAGGAGGGCGUGCAGCGGCGACCUCCGACACAAUGUCAUCCUGGCAACAGAGUCCUACGCCCAGCCGGUGCACAAGCCCUACAUCACCCUGUGUCAAGGCCAUCGCCUCUGCAGCACAUACAAAACAACGUACUCGUUAGCUUACCGGCAGGUGAGCAGGAUAGCGUCGGCCUCGCAUUUCUACCCAGACUGCUGCCCCGGUUGGCGGAGAUUUCACUCACACAGCUGCAACCAAGCUCUGUGUGCAGAACCCUGUGCUAAUGGUGGCACCUGUUUGAAACCCAAUAAGUGCGCGUGCCCCCCCGGCUGGACGGGACACCGGUGCCAAACGGAUGCGGACGAGUGCGGCGGGCGGCAGCCGUGCGCCCAGCUGUGCGUGAACACAGCUGGGAGCUACAGAUGCGCCUGCAGAGACGGCUUCACGCUUGCGGGAGACGGACGGUCCUGUCACCAGCUUCCACCUCCGUCUCCGACACCCACCCAGGGCAGCCGGGCAGCAGUGGGUGGCCACGCCGACGCGGGAGGAAGCUUCGGCCUGGCGGAGAACGUCACAGAGGAGGUCCAGAGCCUGAGGAACAGAGUGGAGCUGCUGGAAAAGAAGCUGCAGCUGGUGUUGGCGCCAUUCAGCAGCAUCUUCCCGCCGCCGCUGGACGACAGCUUCCCGGAGAAGACCACCCUACUGUCCCACUCCUUCCGGCAGCUGGACCGCAUCGACUCCCUCAGCGAGCAGAUCGGCUUCCUGGAGGAGCGCCUCGGCACAUGUGAGCAGCCGAGCGCUUGGCAUUGGAUUCCUUGUUGCUCUCAGAAGAAGAAGGGGGAAAAAAAUAAAUAAAUAAAAAGAAGUUAAAAAAAAAAAAAAUCACUGGAUUUAGUCCAAAGUUACAGGGAAAGUUAUUUUCCAUGAAAGAAGAGCUCCAGAUAGCAGCUAAAAGUGCAGAUAAGACGACUGUCUAUAAUGUAAUACAGUUAAUAAAUGUAUUAUUAUUAAUAAAAUGAAAUAACAUGAUUAAAUCUUUAGCGUGUAACAUCAUAAUGUCCCUGGCUGUGUAAUGAUAGCUUAAAUAUAAAACAAAAGACACAAACAAAGUGAUAUAUUUGCUCUUAAAUUAUAAUCUAAUUAAGAAAGAGUGGAGUAAAGCGUCUCCAGACGAGUUUCCUGGCCAAGAAAAUCUCAUCUGGAGAGAUAAAAAAAUUAGCAUCGAAUUAUAAAUGCCGCAGAUAUUUCCAACAAUCAGCCUGAGGCUAUCCAAAUAACAGUUUUUAAUGCUUUUAAAAAAAAAAAUAAAAAAAAUAAUUACAAAACUCCAACCUUGAAGGCUCCUCGUUCGUUCAAACGCCUCUAGAGGCGGGAAGGAUCCUCACUCUGGAACGGCACCAGAUUCUGUUUCAUCUUGAACAGCACGUUAAAAAUCUGACAUCUUUUUCUUUUUUUUUUCUCUGCUCCUUUUCCAUUCGUGUUCAUGCUGUCGUAACUCUCUCCACAUUCUCUCCUCCAGGCUCUUGUCAGGAGGAUUAGCGGACAAGAAGGAAAAAAUCGUCAGAAGCCAUCUCGGAGCUUUUGUGACGCUGUGACGCAUGCACCCGGACAAAUGUUUGAUUUUUUUCCCCCACCAUUCCACAAAGAAAAAUUCAGUGAAAUUAGUUUUUUUGUUGUUAUUUUUGGUUUUCUAAGUUGAGUCUCUCCGUAUGGGGUCUUGAUUUUUUUUUUUGCAACGGUACCUGCAGCAGCGGGUCGGCCUCGCCGCCCUGCGUCGGUCGAAGCUUGACGUAUAGCCACUCGCAUCAGUGCAGCUGUGUUCUCCUGUGUCAGAGCUCCACCCUGGUCCCGGGGCCUUUUGCACACAUCUGUAUUUAUGUAUUUAAGUUAUGGUCACCUGUAGGCAUUCCUAAGUGCUCUUAGUUUUGAUCUAGUUUUGUAACGUUUUUUUGUAAUAAAAGUGUGAAUAAAAAAAA